AUGGGUAUACCAAAUCUAUUUCUCCUCGGCCUGGCAGGGCUGGCAGUCGCCAUCCCUUUCGAUCCCCGCCCUGGAGAAGACAAGCCAUCUGUGAGAUCGAGUACAGAAACCUUGAAGUCGCACCUGACCCCCAGAUGGGCCUCUCAAACUCCUGGUGCGAUAUUUGAGGCAAAAGGCCUUGCUCGUAUGCUCAGGUCACAAGGGCUCGGUGAUCUUGUAAAGAACAUAGACAGCGAAGAUAUAAUCCCUGAUAAAUACCAGGUCCAUCUCAAACGUACAUCAAAGCUGAGCCCUUGGGAACAUGCAAAAUGGGCGACGAAUCUCCAAAAGAAUAGCACGACGAAUCCAAAGGGUCUCGAGGGUGUUUCUCCUGAAGCCCCAUCACAAUCAAUUUGCCGCCUGUCAAACUCUGGGAUCUAUUGGGCCGGACUGGGAUAUGCAACUGUAGACCGACUCCGAGAGGACCCAUCUGUCGCUAGUGUCAAUGCUAUUUCAUAUCUUGGCAAUUACACCAACAUGACACUCACACCCAUGGAGGCAUUCAGUCCUGUCAAUCAAUACAUGGUCAUUAUGGAUCCAAGGUCCGGAAUGGACGUUUGGACACAUGCUAAGAACGUCACCGAAUCAUGGAUCAAAAAGAACAAGGACAAGGAUGGCGGACCAUUUGACGGUGUUACCGACUUCUACGAUGACGGAUUCAAGAUUUACAGUGGCUAUUUCGACCCCGAGACCGCGAUACAGAUCGCAGACGAUGACAAUGUCGAGUGGUUUUUCCAAGCCGGGGCGUCACAAGGGACACUUAAUUGA